CGGGAGGGGAAGAGGGAAAGCUUUCCCCGCACACAGCUCGCGGUCCCUGCACCGGGAGGAGAUGCUCGGCCAGGGUCCGGUGUCCGCCUGGACGGACUGCAGCCCUUCCGCAGAGCCUCCGGCAGUGGCCAGGACCGAGGGUGGCGGAGGCGGAUCAGCUGGACAUUCUUAUUACCAGAAUUCCAAAGGUACUGAUGGAAUCAAAGAUGGACACAAAAUGAACUUACACAUAGCCAAGCUACAAGAGUUAUGGAAAACUCCUCAAAUUCAAACAAUUCACAUCACUAAAUCAAUGACAGAUGUGUCCUUUCUAAAGCAUCCAGACCUCACCCUAGGCCAGAGGCAUUACCUGCGCAGCACUGCUAAGGUCUGUAAUGGGAACUAUCUGAGGGUGUUAAUUUAGAGGCAGUACACGCCUAUGAUCCAGCACAACUCUCACAAGCCAGGUGUCCUCACUCAUCACAGGAGCCACCUCAGUUCUCGUCACUCCCAGAAGCAGCAUCACCCCUGUACUACAUGGCGACACCAACUGGAGAGAGGGGACUCAGUGCCUUCCAACAUCGCAGCCGCAUCUGCACCAGAAAUGAUCAUACAGCAUUCCCUUUGGCGACCCAUGAGAAACAAAGGAAGUUUAAAAACUGGAUAUGUGUCUAAAACAAGAUGUAAGUCGCUGAAGAUUUUUAGAAAACCAGGCAGACUGUUCAUGCAAUCAGUUUCUACAAAUGAUUUUGAAUCAUACGCCAAUGAAGAAAUAAAGGAAGAUUUUCUAAGUAAGUGUAUGCAAUCAAUGUCAAUUGAAGAACAGGGAGAACAUCUGAUGUUAACUUGACAAUCUUGUCUUAUGUAUUGAUAAUGUGCCAAAGGUAGGGGUAGGGGUAGGGGUUGUGAACUGAUACUGUUAUUCACCAUUAAGUCAUUAAGUAAUUUUGGUUUGUUCAGAAAUGUUUAAACCAUGUAAUUGGUUUGAUGUAGUUCCAUGUUCCAAUGAUAUUUGUGUAAUAAAGUCCCUGUGUAAAUAUAUGCUUUUAUUUCUAGCUAGAUACAAUUAAAAUAUUUGUCACUUAAAAACUGAAUUAUUUUUUCUUUAAAUCUGACAACUACAUUGUAUAAUUCUCUCUGUGUUUACAAUAAGUCCUAAAACAGCAACAUUAAAAUAUCUGACAAAUAUUUUCUUGAUUUGGCUGAGGAAAAGUCUUGAAAUAUCCUAAUAUGGCAUAGCAUUUAAUAGAGAUAACACCCUGGAUUGCAAAGAUGAUGCUUAAUAAAUAUUUGCUGCUUGAAUACAACUUAAAAAUGGAAAUGUCAGUUUGCCCUAUUUUAUGAAAAUUGCUACACAAACACUUGGCCUCUCAAACUAGAUUAAGUUGGGGGUGGUGGUACUAAUGAGAGGAUUCUUUACAUUACAUAUUCAUUCUAGGUUGUUUC